AAGCCAUUCUUUGUAGUGUAUUACACAACAAAAGCUGGGUUGUGAAGAGAGUGCACAAAGAUCACUCCAUUUCCAAAUUUACCAUCUUGUAUUACUAUACAAUAACACUCUGCCUUAAGUUUUCGUUUGCACGUCCUGACAAUGAAAAUUAUUUUUUGAAGUUGUGUUUGUUAAAACUCUCCAAUCUUGUUAGGAAGUACAGAUCGCCGAGGUUACCGCGGUUCAUACAAAAAUUCAAGAUGCCGUCAAUAAAACUUGCCAGCUCUGAUGGGGAGGUGUUUGAUAUUGAUGUUGCCAUCGCAAAGCAGUCUGUCACCAUCAAAACUAUGUUGGACGACUUGGGAAUAGAAGAUCAGGGAGAUGAAGAACCAGUCCCCUUACCUAAUGUUAAUGCUGGAAUUCUGCGGAAAGUUAUUCAGUGGUGUACCUAUCACAAGGAUGAUCCACCGCCACAGGAAGACGACGAAAACAAAGAACGACGUACAGAUGAUAUUCCUAGCUGGGAUCAAGAGUUUCUUCGUGUUGAUCAAGGGACGUUAUUUGAACUCAUGCUAGCGGCCAAUUAUUUGGAUAUUAGGGGACUUCUGGAUGUAUGCUGCAAAACUGUUGCUAAUAUGAUUAAAGGAAAAACGCCAGAAGAAAUACGUAAAACUUUCAAUAUCAAGUGUGACUUUACACCUCAGGAGGAAGAACAGGUCAAAAAGGAAAAUGAAUGGUGUGAAGAAAAAUAA